AUGUCGACCCGAGAACCACGCCCCCAAAGACGAGGUCCGCCCAUGAAGCGAAGGUCUAGUUCCUGUAAAAAGGGAGCCUUUGCCAGCAUCACCGCCAGAAAGGCCCAUCCAUCUGAACAAUUGGGAGUGAGCAUCAAAGAGGUCGAUGGGAGAGCGACCGUCACGGAAAUCUUUGAAGACAGCAUAUUUUUUCAAACUGACUUGAAAGUGGGAGACAUCCUACUAAGUCUCAAUGGAACAAGUACAAGAGAUGCCUUUCUAUCAGAUCUCAUUGCAUCUGGGAAUGCUGCUGAAGAGAAGGUUACAAUGGUGGUCCGACAGGAUACCAGCGGCCUGUUCCAAAAGUCGCCGUCAAAGCGAUCUAGCCUCUCCCCCAACCCGAACGAAGUUGAGGCGGAGAAGGAAAAAGAUCAGGAUGUUGGAAUUCGCUUCAAAGUGCUCGAUAACAAACUGAUGGUCAGCAGUAUCCUACCCUGUUCUGUCUUUCAAGACACUGAUUUGAAGGUUGGAGAUCUUGUGUCAAAAAUCAAUGAGAUGGACUUCUAUUCCUAUGCAGAUGCAGACUAUGCUCUAAAGAUUGCCAACAAGAGAGGCAGUGUUGUAAAGCUUCAAUUGCUACAGAGAAACCUAUGA